AUGGCGAUAACUAGGAGAACGAACAUGGAAGAACAUCAAACCGAAGAAGAAGAGCACGUGGAAGUGGUAGAUGAAACUGAUCUUUCGGAGACUGUUCGUCUGAUGAAGCGAGAGAUGGAGAAAAUGAAGCAGCAGCGAGAAAAGGAUGCGAGGGAGCUUUCAGCCUUGAGAGCCGAGAAUGAGGCGUUGAGAAAUCAAGAUUCAUCGUGGAAACCUACUCAGGCCACUAACACGCAAACCCAGGGGUCAUAUCAAUCCCAGGCAGUACACACCUCGGCCCCUCAUGCCUCGGCGGUGGCACCUCAAAAAUUCCCUUCGGUCAUACCAACAGUAGGCCGACCCACAGAUUUGGCAACUAUCGGAUCGCACCGACACCCAUUCACUUCAUCCAUCAUGCAACUCUCUUUGAUGGACAAUUGGAAAUCUUUACCUAUCGAUAAGUAUGAUGGUACCACUGACCCUGAUGAACAUCUCGAUGUUUUCCUUACGCAGGUAACCUUGAGCACUACGGACGACGCUGCUUUAUGUCGUAUCUUCCCAACGUCUCUCAAAGGUAGGGCCUUGAGUUGGUUCACCCGACUACCUCCCAAUUCAAUCGAUUCUUUCAGCACCUUGUCGUCACAGUUCACUAUCCAGUUCGCGACAAGCCGUCCCCAUAGCUUGACCUCUCUGUCACUAGUCAGCCUUCGGCAAGACAAGAAGGAGACGCUUCGUGCGUUCAUGGAUCGGUUCAAUAAGGCAGCCCUAGAAAUUCGAGACCUCAACCCGGCCGUAGCGCUUCAUCAUCUGACCACAGCGCUAAAGCCGGGGCCAUUCGUCAAUAGCCUUUGCAAGAAACCUCCUACAGAUAUUAACGACCUGCGAAGAAGAGCAGAUAAAUAUAUGCAGAUGGAGGAGUUGGCCGAGUUCCGAAAUCAAGCCCGAGUUGAACCGUCGGGAAAGCCCGAAAAACCAGUGGAACCAUCCUAUCGGGGGCGAGGUAAGGAGAUCACUCUUCGGGAUCGGCCAACGCGGGGUCCGAAGUACACUCACUACACUCCACUCAAUGCAAGCCGCGCUGCAGUUCUUGAACAAGCUCUAACAUCGGAGGUUCUGGCCGUCCCAAAAAGAGCUGCCACGCCACCGCGCGCCGAUACUAGUAAAUCUUGUCGGUACCAUCGCAAUAGGGGGCACUCUACCGAAGAGUGUGCGGCCCUCAGAGAUAAAAUUGAAGAUUUAAUCAAGCAAGGCCAGCUUCAUAAGUUUGUGGAUCGGUCUGAUUCGCAACGCCAACGUCAACCUAGACAUGACCCACCUCGGCAAGAUCGCGCCGAUAGACCUCGCCGCGAGCGAAGCAGAUCACGUGAGAGGAAAGAUGAGCCGACAUCUUCCCAUAGGCGAGUCAUCAACACCAUCGCAGGGGGAUUUGCGGGAGGAGGUUCAACCUCUUCGGCGCAAAAGAGGCAUUUACGCGCCGUCCGAUCGGUCAAUAUGGUCAGUCGGCAACCUGUUCGAAGAUUACCCGCUAUAACCUUCACUGACGCUGACUUCCAAGGGAUCGAUCCCAUACAAGACGAUCCAAUGGUAAUUAGUGUUGAAAUCCACAAUUGCAUAAUCAAGAAAACCUUGGUGGAUCAGGGCAGUUCGGCCGACAUUUUGUACUGGAAUACCUUCAAGCAGUUGGGAAUCUCAGAAAAAGAACUCAUGCCAUACGAUGAUCCCUUGGUUGGAUUCUCGGGAGAAAGAGUCAGUACCAAAGGGUACAUUAAGCUUUUCACUCGCUUCGGUGUCAACGAGCAAGAGUACAAGGAAAUCCAAGUUAAGUACAUAGUGGUACAUGCUAAUACUUCCUACAACAUUCUCCUCGGUCGGCCGUCAUUGAAUAGGUUAGGAGCUAUUGUCUCAACACAACAUCUGGCAAUGAAAUUUCCAUCCGACAAGGGAAAAAUUCUUACAAUGCAUGCCGAUCAAAAGGCAGCUCGAGAAUGUUACUUCGCUAGUUUGCGAGUAACCCCGUGGAAGAAAACCAAUCGAAGUCAAGGAGAGUUCACGUGGUAA